CAACUACAAUAAAAAAAUAUUAUUUACUGUAUGUUGUGCAACGAAAAUAGUAAAAAUGUUAAGAGUAGUUAAAACCACAAUUAAUUGGGGAUCUGCUCCAAUUAAAUUAGUAGCAAAAAUUGGAGAGAAACCACAUACAUUAAGGUUGUUUUCAACAGGACACCAAAGAUGGCAAUAUUCUCGGGGAAACGGAUCCACUACUGUGCGCUUUGAGAGUAACAAAAAAAUAACACCUCUUGGCUGGUUUUUGUUACUCGCGCCUGUGUCCACAUUUGGUUUAGGUUGUUGGCAGGUGAAACGUAAAGCUUGGAAGGAGCAACUAAUAAAAGACUUAGAGCUGCAAACGCAAAUGCCACCAGUACCUCUACCGGCUGACUUUUCUGAAUUGUCGGCCAUGGAAUAUCGCUUGGUUUCGGUACGCGGGAAAUUUAUGCACGACAAGGAAAUGCUUAUGGGCCCUCGUUCAUUUAUACGUCCCGAUGGCGGAGAAACGACUGGAGGUUUAUUCUCACAACGUGAUACGGGUAAUGGCUAUCUUGUGAUAACACCGUUUAAAUUAGCUGACCGAGAUGAAAUAAUUUUGAUCAAUCGGGGAUGGGUGUCGAGAAAACAUGUCAAACCGGAAACGCGUAUUUCGGGUCAAAUAGACACUGAGGUGGAGUUAACUGGUGUGGUACGAAUGGGCGAGAGUCGCCCACAAUUCUCUCCAGAUCAUAAAGGCGGCAUUUUUCUCUACAGGGAUUUGCCAAAAAUGUGUGCAUUAACUGGCGCAUCUCCGAUUAUGUUAGAUGCCACCUAUGAGUCAUCUAUACCCAACGGUCCCAUAGGUGGACAAACACGUGUCACCUUACGUAACGAGCAUUUGUCGUACUUACUAACGUGGUUCAGCUUAUCAGCAAUUACUUCCUACCUGUGGUACCGUCAAAUACUAAAGAGGAUACCAUUUUAAAAGUCGCUUACAAAAUACAGUUGCCAAAGUAAUAUAA